GAGAAGAAGAAAUACUGUCCGUUUAGUUCCUGGUUGCAUUAAGUCCACAAUCAGUCCGUCUGUUGAGAGUGUGUAAUAUCUCUCGUCUUGAAGCCAAACUUGUUACUUCAUUUCGAUAAAUAUGUUCAAAGGUUUGGGGACGUGGUUGGGUUUAGAGGACCCUACGUUGACGAAGAAUCCCGACGACAGAGAGGAGCUGACAGCGGAGCAGGAAGAAAAGGUGGUGGAGGCUCAAAACGAGGUAAACAAACAGCAAGCAGCUGAGCAGGAUGGAGAACCAGAAGAGGACCAGGACAACUCUGAGCACAGCAAAGGACUCGGUGGUUACAUCUUCAGCUUUGCCACCAACGCCACAAAAAAGAUCUCUGAUUCAGUGGUCGAGACAGCUCAAACCAUCAAGAAGACUGUGGAAGAAGGAAAAAUCGACGGCAUCAUAGACAAGACUUUUCUAGGAGAUUUCCAAAAGGAGCAAGAAAAGUUUGUUCAAGAAAAGAAGUCCAAAAAAUCAGAAGCAGCAGUACCUCCGUGGGUUGGCUACAAUGAGGAGGAGACGAUCCAGCAGCAGAUCCUUGCUCUGUCAGCUGACAAGAGGAACUUCCUGCGAGACCCCCCAGCUGGGGUUCAGUUCUCCUUCGACAUGGAGCAGAUGUAUCCGCUGGCUGCAGUGAUGCUGGAGGAAGACCAGCUCCUCAACCGCAUGCGCUUCGACCUGGUUCCUAAACAUGUGAAGGAGGAGGUUUUCUGGAGGAAUUAUUUCUAUCGGGUGUCUCUGGUCAAGCAGUCGGCUCAGCUCACAGCGCUGGCAGCUCAGCAGCAGCAGAAAGACGACGAGGACAGGGGGACCAGCGUGUCACCUGAGGACGUCGUCUUAUCAGAUAAUGUCAGACCAAAAACUCCUCCAGUUUCCAUCAGCAGCAUACAGAAGCCGGCUCAAGAAGAGGAGGAGGAAAUGUCCACAAGUCCCGGGGUGUCCGAGUUUGUGAGUGACGCUUUUGACUCGACCGCCUUCGACCAGGAAGACCUGAGGAAAGAGAUGGAGCAGCUGGUGCUGGAUAAGAAGGAUAGCGCCUCCACUCCUGAUGAUGAGUCAGCAGACUGGGAGAAGGAGCUGCAGCAGGAGCUCCAGGAGUACGAGGUCGUGACCGGGUCGGACCACAAAGACGACCAGUGGGACCAAGAGAUCGAGAAGAUGCUGCAGGCCGACCACAGCUAAACGUGCACUGUGUCUGUCUCCUGAAUGAUGAAACGGUUUGGAGUGGAGGAAUAUCCAUGAUCAAAUGAUGAGGGAAGGAACGUCGGCAUCUUACCUAACUGUGAUAACUAUCUUGUAAACAUCCUCCCGUACAUGAUGAAGGUGUAGAUCCAUUAAUAGAGAGAGUUUUUCCCCCUCUGCUGGGAACACAAUUAUGUUCAGAUGUAUGAGUCAAGUGCUGUGUCAUUGCGCCCUCCUGAAUUAGUUUAAAUUGAUUUGUUUCCCAGACACACACUUUUUCGGGGGUGAGCAGCCACUAGAGGGCGUUCUAGUGCAAUGGAUUUUAUAAUAGCAGAAGGCUUGUUUGAAAUAAAAAAUGUAUCUCUGUUUCCACUGCUGCUUCCUGUUGGGUUGUACAGUAAAGUCUUAGUGAAGUUACAGUAGAGUAAAGUCAAAUGUAAAGAUGCAUUUAUGUAAAUAAAGAGGUUUCUAACACUACUCUUCACUUCAAUUUCACUGUCAUCCCAUCUGCCUGCAUUUUUACAUUUUGUACUUCAGUUUGACACAUCUCUUUGAGCAUUGUCUUCUUUUCUGCAACUGAAAUACUGUACAUCUCCUGUUUUAUCUGUCAUCCUUUUAAUAAAUAUUUAUCUGUUCA